AUGCAAACGGUGGGGAGACUACUGAGUCAGGGUGUGUACACAGUUUCGGGGCCGUUUCAUCCGUUCGGUGGCGCCGUCGACAUUGUGGUCGUAGAACAGAAAGAUGGUAGUUUCAAGUCCUCGCCCUGGUACGUUCGAUUCGGCAAAUUUCAAGGGGUUUUGAAGGCGAGGGAAAAGGUGGUCGAUAUCUCUGUCAAUGGGGUGAGUGCUGGUUUCCAAAUGCAUCUCGAUCAUAAGGGGGAAGCUUACUUUCUCAGGGAAAUCGUUGCACAAGAAGAAGUCAAUUUGGUGUUUCCGUCUUCUUCUGGCAAGGUUAAAGAUGAUCACUCUCGCAGGUCCAAGAGUUGCGAUUAUGAUAGUGGUGAGGUUGUCAGUAAUAGUGGUUCUAGCCGUUCCAGAAUACUUAGCCUUGUGUUUGGGAGAAGGUCUUUGAAGCAAAGAGAGGGUGAUGGUGAUGGAAUUGAGAACAGGGUGGGUUCGUUGGAGCGUGCUGAGAUUGCCGCUAACUUGUUAGACCUCAAGUGGUCCACUAAUCUCUCCGGGGAACAAGGGCAAGGUGUUCUUGCUAAAUCGUCUGGGGAUGGUAACGUGGUCGUGGAUGAUAUUGACUUGAAUAAGGAAGCUUGUUUUGGUCGUGAAUGUGCCUUGAAUGGGAAGGAAGUUGUGUAUGAUAUCGCAGAGUCUGACGUGAAAGUUGCGUGCGUGGAGGUGAAGCUUGUGGAAAAGGAACUGAAUGGAGAAGAUGUUUCAGCUGAUGGGGUUUGCCGUGAAACACCAGAAACUUCAAAGUUGGCCGUGGCUUGUUCUAGUGAACAAACUCAAGAAGUGGUGUACCUUGCUGGCGCAGCAGGAUGUGAAGAAGUCCGUGUCCAUGUCCAUGAUGAAGUCUUGCAUCGUGCAACUGUACUGUUAUCUGAGGGUGCACAAGCUGUGGAAGUUAUUGAGAAGGCUGAUAUUGGGAUGCCAGUAUUGGAGAUUUCCGAGUUUCAUUCCGAGGUUCAGCAAAUAGAUUGUUUGGAUUCUGGUGAUAUUUUGUGUAAUGAGUUGGCUAUUGAAGAGCAAUCAACAUCUUCAAAGCCCCACACUGUCAACAUUGGCCUAGGAGAUUGUUCACGUGAGAAAGUUGAGCCGAACUGUGUCAACAAACCUUCCAGUUACAGCAUCCUGGAUGACCAAGCCAUAGGCGAGAAUGUGAACAAGGACGUCUCUGGCACAUUAUCAACUCCUCUAGACUCUGUUGAUGAUUGUUUACCUCGAAAAGCAUCAGGGAUAUCACCAUCAUCAAGCUCAGAUGAUGUAAAUUUCCUUUUCAGUGAUCUUGAUGAAAGUGUAAUCAAUGAUCGAUUCAAGAGAACACUCUUCUCUGAACAUGUAUAUAAAGACAAUCAUGUUUGUUACGAGAAUGAAACUGAAAAAUUAACAGCAAUAUCCGGUCCCAUAGUCAUUCCUAGAAAUGAUGCUGCUGGAGAAAACGUUGGGCAGCAUUUGGGGUCCUUGCCAAAUCUUUCUUCUGGCAGAGACAUCGUGGUCCAACAUGAUAUUCGUUAUCCUUUAAGUCAAUCACUGGGCUCAAAAUCAUUAUCCUUGCCAUGCGCAUUUCCUGGAGAAGAUGAUUUGGAAUGUUUAAAACCUGUAGAAGACAAAGGAAACCAACUAACACACGAGGAGUCAGGUGCCAAGGAUUAUCAUAAUUCUGGGGAAAUCAAAGGUACAGCUCAGAAGCUUCCCCUUGGCAUGAUACCAGUUGACCAAGUUGAGAAAAAUCGUACAGGAGAUGGUCCAUCCACACACAACCCUUCCUCUGGUGGAAAUUGGACUCUUUGGCCUUUCUCCUUGAGGAGUACAGGAUCUAAACCUUCUGUGUUGCCUCCUUCUCUUAGUGAUGCCAAAGACACUACUGAUGGUAAUGCCCUAGAGAAUACAAUUAGCACAGAUAUGAAAAAAGAGGAGUCCAAACCCAAUAUAAAAAAAGUGAUGGUUAGGGAAACAACUCCAACUUCUGAACAGGUAGCCUCCUUGAAUCUGAAGGAUGGGAUGAAUACUGUGACCUUUACUUUCUCUACAGCUGUGCUGGGGAAGCAGCAGGUUGAUGCUCGAAUAUAUUUGUGGAAAUGGAACACUCGCAUAGUGAUCUCUGAUGUGGAUGGUACGAUUACAAGGUCGGAUGUUCUCGGUCAGUUCAUGCCUUUGGUUGGUAUUGACUGGUCACAGACAGGUGUCGCACAUUUAUUCUCCGCUAUUAAGGAGAAUGGUUACCAACUUCUUUUUCUCAGUGCUCGUUCAAUUUCUCAGGCCUAUCUUACACGACAAUUCCUAGUUAACCUUAAACAGGAUGGAAAAGUUUUACCUGAUGGUCCCGUUGUUAUUUCUCCUGAUGGACUUUUCCCCUCUCUAUAUCGGGAAGUUAUUAGGAGGGUUCCCCAUGAAUUCAAAAUUGCAUGCUUAGAGGUCAUCAAGGAACUCUUUCCGUCUGAUUGCAAUCCUUUCUAUGCUGGUUUUGGUAAUAGGGAUACGGAUGAAAUCAGCUACCUUAAAGUUGGAAUUCCCUUGGGAAAAAUCUUCAUAAUUAAUCCCAGGGGAGAGGUUGUUGUAAACCGUCGCGUUGAUGCAAAAUCAUAUGCUUCUCUGCAUGCUCUCGUGAAUGGGAUAUUUCCCCCUACAAACUCUUCUGAACAGGUAUCAACAAGCAUGCCCAUUCAUCUUUAUCCUGAAAUUAAAGAUGGACUCAAGGGCAAGAAAUAA